AUGGUGACCACAAACGACGACUCCAAGGUCACAAAGGGCGGCCCAUCGUACGCACAGGUCGCGGCCACCCCCGCAGGGCCCUCGGACGCUGCUCCUCCUCCAUACUCCCACGACCAAGUCAUCUACCCCGCUGGCCGGGUACACGUCCCCGCUCCGAACCAGCACGCACAGUACGCCCAGCACAGCGGCGGCGGCGGCGAGCAUCAACCGAUCUACCAGCCCCAGACGCCGGCCCAGGCCGAGGGCGGCGGUGUCCUGGUCUACAUCUCGCCUUACGACAUUGCCCUCAUGCGCGCGCGCCGCAGGUUCUUUGGAGCCGUGUUCUGGGCAUUCGUGAUCUACUUGGUUGUAGGGCUCUUGGACGAGGGCCCCAAGCCAAGCCGAGAUAACGGUCGGGAAAGCUGGCCCAGACUGAGGCUCGAGGCUCUCGCAAGGCUCAAGGGUCUGCGUUUGAGUGCGAUUGUCGGCGACGGUAUUUCAGAGGCCAACCGCAAGCGUAACGGCGGGCACUGGGACAAGCAUGGCCGCUGGCACGACGGCAAGGGAAUCACAGUGUACGCAGGCGGUGCAGCCACUGCGGCUCCUGCAACUUCCACGAGUGUCGUCGACGCCGUCUUCGCCGAGACCCAGUAA